AUGGUGGCCUCACGGAACAAGAUGCGCCUCUACCUUGGUUAUUGGUGGCGACAAGCAACGCUGGAAAAUCCAGGAAAAUAUCAUGUCGGCCUAUUUCUAACUCCCAAGAAUCCCAAGAAUGAUAAAAGAACUGCCACAAUAUACCACGCAGUGAAUCGGAUUACCGACGGAGGCAUCUGGAAGUUUGAGUGCAUACCUGCCUCAUGUCGGACCCCUAGACGAGCUGGUUGCAUGCUUCUCGGAAAAGUGCCACCAAAAUUCGGGCCAAAAGACAUCGAGGAAAUUCUGCGAAGAGUGCGCGUCCCAAGUCAGGAAGAAGCAGAGGAAGAAAAAUGGCGUUGCCGCCAUUGGGUUUGUGAUGCCCUAACGCUUCUGGUAGUAGAAGGUGUUAUUCCAGAGCUUCCCGUUUCUCCACAUGAUUUAUGGGAUACCGGGAGGAUAUUUGUAGAGAGCAGGACUAGUGGAAUUCCAAACUAUGGUAAACCACUCUACACAUGUAAUACAAUGGGCGAGGAGAUCCCGAGCGAAAUUAGUGCUUUGGAUACACAUUAG